GCAGGCUUACACAUCACUACAAUGAACACCAGCGGGCCAGUAGAAUAUUUUAUCCUUGAUGGACUGAAGGACAAAUCCAUGCUUCCCAUUUUCUUCACUGUCUAUGUUUUUGUUCUUAGUGGAAACAGUCUGAUCAUUUACCUUGUUAGAACUGACCCCAAGCUUAACACCCCUAUGUAUUUCUUCCUUCAUAAUUUGUCCUUCUCUGACAUUGUAUACACAUCAGUGACAAUCCCCAACAUAUUAUCAGUUUUUCUGACUGAGGUGAAGACCAUUUCUAAAACAGGUUGCUUUGUACAGAUGUACUUUUUCCUCUCAGCUUCAGUGACAGGACGUGCUUUACUGACUGUUAUGGCUUAUGACCGAUAUGUAGCAAUCUGCAACCCUCUGCGGUACACAACUAUCAUGACCAAGCAGGUUUGUCUUCUGUUGAUAUUUGCAUCUUGGUGUUUUGGGGCCGUCACAGUACUGCCUUCAGCUAUAUGGGCAACUCAGCUGCCUUAUUGUGGCCCUAAAAUAGUUAAGCACAUGUUUUGUGAUCACUCAUCAGUAGUGAUCCUUGCCUGUGCUGACACCAGCAAGAACAGCAUUGUGGGUCUAUCAGCUGCUCUCUUUGCAAUUAUCAGUACAUUCCUCCUUAUCCUAACAUCAUACAUAUGCAUUGGCAAAGCUAUCAGCAGAAUGGGCACUGUAGAGCAGCUUAAAGCUUUAGGCACUUGCGUGUCCCACCUGAUAGUGGUGUGUAUCUCUUAUGUGUCAGCUUUGUGUGUGUAUAUCUCCUAUCGAGUAGCUAAAUUUGACCCAGAUGAUCGUAUAAUCAUCGCUGUGAUGUAUUCUGUGAUUACACCCCUGCUGAACCCCAUAAUUUACAGCUUGAGGAACAAGGAGCUUCAAGAUGCCUUGAAGAGAGCAUUCAGCAGAUUCACUGUUGCCUCAAAAACAACCAGGAAAACAGUGUCCACUAUAUCACUUUGA